AUGUCGUCAAAGAAGCCUACCCAGCGCUCCGCCAUUGCGGACGUGGUUGCCCGCGAGUACACCAUCCACAUGCACAAGAGACUGCAUGGUGUCACUUUCAAGAAGAGGGCUCCCCGUGCCAUCAAGGAGAUCAAGUCCUUCGCCACCAAGGCCAUGGGUACCACUGACGUCCGGAUCGACCCCCAGCUCAACAAGAAGGUCUGGGAGCAGGGUGUCAAGGGUGUUGCUUACAGAAUCCGAGUCCGAAUCUCCCGACGACGAAACGAUGAGGAGGGUGCCAAGGAGAAGCUGUACAGCUACGUUCAGGCUGUCAACGUCAAGAACCCCAAGGGCCUUGCGACUGAGGUCGUUGAGGAGUAA